AUGGAUAUGGGUAUGGGUAUGGGCAUCGAGCGACUUGACCCGGACGGGGAAAACGGGGGCGCCACGGGGACCGGCCGUAGCGGAGCUCAAGCGCAGGCGCCGACAACCAACGACAAGCCGGCAUUGGACCACGGGCACGAUCGGUUGGAGAAGAACGUGGGAAUAAGCACUCACCAAUUGGCGAAAGAUAUUCAUACUGCAACGACGCAUCUCCAGGGAUGCGCAUAUCGUUGGGUUCCAUCGCCGACUACACAACCUGGUGCUGUGUUGCUGAGGCUGCGUUUGAUGAAUGAUGACGAGACGUUGGCUGCGGAUGAUAUCCAGGGAUGGGCACUGGAGACUAGGGUGGUCAAGCAGGGGUUUGAAAGCUCCCAAGGACCUGACGGGUAA